CAGUUGCCAUUCAGUACCAGACUAAGACAGACGAUCACAGUACAACAGAUUCGGACAUAACCAUGUCUAUAAUUGCAGCUUACGUGUCGAUGAUGAGGGCCACCUGUUUGUUGCUCUGCAUCUCCUCGAGCACAGCCAACGUCGGUAGCACGGCAUGCCCACAACCUGAGAAAGGAGAAAUGGGUACUCCCGGCCACUCUGGUAAACCUGGAGUGAGGGGCCACAACGGGGCUAAAGGCAGCCAAGGAGUUGCUGGAUCUAAGGGUACAAAGGGAGACAAAGGAGAAAUGGGAAAAUCAGGUCCUCAAGGCAAACAGGGUCCAGCUGGAGUCGUUGGUCCACCUGGUAAGCAGGGCGUGACUGGCUCCCAAGGCUCACCUGGAAACACUGGAAUUCAGGGUCCGCAAGGUUUUCAAGGUCCACCAGGCGCAAAGGGUGAAAAAGGCAUCAAGUUACGUUGA